AUGACGGAACAGCGGCCAGGUUGGGGUCACUCAUUGUUCGCAGGGCCCGGCAUUAGGGAGGCAGCCACCGCCGGCACGCCGAAAUUAGGGCCUAAUCCCGGCGAAACUUUGUCACAGCUGAGGCGCUGCGCACCGGAAGAACGGCCACUGCUUCCGGGCGGCCCAGGCUGCCCACCGCAAGUGGCCGCUGCUCACUUCCGCCGAGCCGGGAGCUCGCCGCCCGCCGCCGCUGCUGGCUCAAGAAGUUGCGCAGCAGCCUGCGCGGGCGCAGAAGCUGCAGAUGACCUCACUUCCCCGCGUCGGCGGCGGCAGCCGGAGGGAACUGGCCGGCAGGCAGAGGCCGCCUCCUCCUCGGCGGCGGCGCCGGCGACCGCGUGUGCAUUGUGCGCGUGCCUGGGGCUCACAUGCCGAGGCGCGGCGCCGCCCGAUCACGGCUUUAUUGCUUCUGCCGGGCCGGGCCUGCGCGGCAUCCGCGGACCUCCGGCCACGCGCGACGCACCGGCGCCGAGUUCCGUCUCAGCCGCCCAGCACGGAAGCACGGACCGCCCGGUGCGCAGCUCGGCAACGCCGCCGGAGCAACACCAGCCACUAGAGGUGGGCGAGGGGCGCUCCUUGCGGCAGAGCGACGCAUUUACAAACCCCAUUAAUACUGCAUCGGGCGCGUAA